CUUGUGUGUAAUGUUUCUAGGGUACCCAAUAGCGUGCAAAAAUGUUCUCUGUCUAUCUCGAAGAAGACUGGGAGGUGUAGAGUGUAGCGAGCUAGGAUGCAACUGCAAUCUGGCUUUCUCAUGUCAGUCAUAUGUUGAUCCAGUGCCAGUUGCCAGUUCCAUACCUUUUGUAUUUUGCGGAUAUCGGAAUUUUGGUUAUCUGUAUUUCAAAAUACACAAGAAAAUGAUGCCACAUUCAUCUGUUUUACUAAUAAUCUUGAUAGCAUAUUCAGCACAUUCUUUCGGAGUGACCAUCCCUUAUGAAAAUAAUGCUCGGAUCCAUUACUCUUACAAAGAAAACAUCACUAUUUCUUGUACUGGAACAGAUAAAGUAGCAUGGAGGCAUAUCGAUGCCUUUUGGAUGAAAGGUAAUUACACAGUAAUUGAACAGACCCCGUACAGAAAAAUCCUUCAAAUAAAAAACGCUACACUUUAUCAUACUGGGGUAUACGAAUGUUUUUCAAUAAACAACAGCGACGACUUCAUGAGCCUUUGGGUUCUUCCUGAUAACACCUGUUACCCACACAAUGGAACCCAAUUUGCCAUGAUAAGCCCACUGGGAAGCCAUCCAGCUUACAUAACAUCUGAAGGCACCUUUGACGAACCUUACACACCUUAGAGGCAACUCAGUUUACAUAAUGAUCAAAUUAUGGCGAUUUCAUCAAAUUGACGAAUGAAGAAAAUGAUCUUGAAUUAUAACUAACACCUUUAACUAACAUAUUAAGAGGAACGCGUCGAUACCUACUUAAAAAUAAUGAUGCUUAAAAAAAGAAAUAAAAAAAUAUAAGCAAAUUAGGUAGAAUUUUUCAUUUUCAAAAAAGAAAACGAGAGAGCAUGAUUGAGAAAAAUCAUCAGUAUAUAGAUGAAUUUAUAGCAAUUUCAACGAUACUUUUUUUGGCAUCUUUGGUUUGGACUUGAAAAAUAUCAAACAACUCCUCCAUUUUUCUCCCGAAGAAAAAAAAAGGUAAACAUUGAACUAUGGCGGCCAUUCUUCCAGCAUAGGACUCGCAUGAAAUUUUUUUGAAUAGAUAAAACUAGAUCGAAAGAGCAUGCAAACAUUUAUCACUAGCCAAAAUUUCAAGAGCUAAAGUGUAUUUUUUCCGAUUUUUCAAAAUCAAAUUUACUUACUCCAAAAAUGAGAAAAAAAUCAAAAUGUUACCAAAUGGACUUGUAAAGCUGAAAUUUGGAAGCUAUCCUGUUAUCGACCUGCUAACUCGAUUGGAAACUGGUUCAGAUCGUUUUUAGCAGUUCUGGAGCCUCCUGCAGAUUUUUUGAAAUUUGAAAAUUUCUAAAAUUUUAUCAAAAGAAGUUGGAAAUUCGAAAUUUACGCUGCACUUCAACUUAAAUACGCUGUUAAGUCGACUGCUGUUGAAUUUGAGUCAUUAUGGAGCCUCCAGCAACUUUUUAAAAAUUCUUGGAGCCUCCAGUAGAUUUUGAAACUUGAAAUUUCCACAACAUUUUAUCGAACGCAGUUGGAAAGCCAAAAUUCAUUCUGUGAACUAAAUAAAACACGUUAUGAAGUUCACUGCAGGCAGAUUUCAAGUCAUUUUGGAGCCUCCAGCGACUGUUUGGAAAUCGCUGGAGCCUGCAGCAGAUUUUUCAAUGCUUGAAAUUUCCAUAAAAUUGAACUAAAUAUAGUUAGAAAUCAAAAAUUCACUCCGCUCUAUCCAAUUUUUGACUUUCCAAAUCGACUCGAAACGGUUACAAACCAUUUUGAGCAUUUUUGGAGCCUCUAGCACAUUUUUGAAAUUUGAAUAUAAAGUUGGAAAUUCGAAAUUCACGCAGCACUCAAACUUAAAUACGCUGUUAAGUCGACUACUGUUGAAUUUGACUCGUUUUGGAGUGUCUAGCGACUUUUUAAAAAUUCUUGGAGCCUCCAGUAGAUUUUCGAAACUUGAAAUUUUCACAAAAUUUUAUCGAAUGCAGUUGGAAAGCCAAAAUUCAUUCUGUGAACAAAACGAGAUACGCUAUGAAGUUCACUGCACGCAGAUUUCAGGUUAUUUUGGAGCCUCCAGCAACUUUUUGGAAAUCGCUAGAGCCUGCAGCAGAUUUUUCAAUGCUUGAAAUUUCUAUAAAAUUAAACUAAAUAUAGUUAGAAAUCAAAAAUUCACUCCGUACUAUCCAAUUUUUGACUUGCCAAAUCGACUCGAAACGGUUUCAAACCGUUUUGAGCAGUUCUGGAGCCUCCAGCACAUUUUUGAAACUCGAAAUUCUCACAAAAUUUCAUCAAAUGGACUUGGAAAGCCGAAAUUCACUCUGCAAACUAAUGUCAAUACGCUACGAAGUCAAUUGAAGGUGGAUUUUAAGUUAUUUUGGAGCCUCCUGCGACUUUUUGAGAAAUACUGGAGCCUCCAGUAGAGUUUUGAAACUUGAAAUUUGCCAAAAUUUAAUCGAAUGGAGAUGGAAAGCCGAACUUCAUUCUGCAAACUAUAAUUUCCAAACGCGACAGAAAGUCGACUGCUGGUGGAUUUCAAGUCUUUUUGGAGCCUCCAGCGAUCUUUUGAAAAUGACUGGAAUCUCCACUAGAUUUUUUAAACUUGAAAUUCCCACUACAUUUUAUCAAAUGGAGUUAGCAAACUGAAAUAUACUUCGCAAACCCACUGCAAUACGAUAUGAACUCGACGGCAUAUCUAGUGGUUUCAAAUCUUGAAAUCCACCAGCACUAUACCAGCAGCUUCGACCUCGUAGCGUAUUGAAAUUUGUUUGCAGAAUGAAGUUCGGCUUUCCAUUUCCAUUUGAUGAAAUUUGGUGAGAAUUUUCGAAUUACAAAAAUGUGCUGGAGGCUCCAGAACUGCUCAAAACGGUUCGAAACCGUUUCCAAUCGAUUCGGUACGUCGAAAAUAGGCUAUAUCCCAAAUUUCAGCUUUCUUGGUGAAUUUGGUAAAAUUUUGAUUUUUUCCCUCAUAUUUGGUCUAAAUUUGAUUUUCAAAAAUUCACCAAAAAUCGAAAAAUACACUUCAGUACUUGAAAUUUUGGCCAGUGAUAAAUUGUUGAAUGCCCUUUCAACCUAGCUUUGUACGAUUUAAAAAAUGUCGUGCAAGUCCUAUGUUGGAACGCAAAAUCUGCGAUUUCGGCUGACCUGUCAAUCAAAGUGGCCGCCAUUUUGUAAGUAGGGCCACUUUUUUCUGGGGACAAGGGCUAGAAAUGUUCCUUAGGACUCCCCCUUCCAGAAAAAAGUUGUCCCGGUGGAUCGACCGGGGGGGGGGGUGUAAUUGAUCUUUAUGCGGGCUUCCCGACAAUAGAUAAUUAUAAGAAGGUACUUCCUUAGUUCUCUGCUUUUUGAUGAAAUUUGAGAAUCUUGAAGCAAUCAAAAGUUGCACUGGUGUGGUAUAGGUAACUAGUGUAUUGUAUAGGUAUUUCUCUCGAGUUAAUAAAAAUGAAGCUAGAGAGCGUGUUAGUUGGUUUCGGUUGUGAGGUUUGUUGAGGUUUGAGCUUCGGAUAUCUGAACCUACUAACUUAUGAUUUAUCUCUUGUGUGAUGUAGACGUAUCUUGUGCUUUUCGUUAAGAUUUUUCCUGCUAUCUUUAUUGAUGUUUUUGUUGAAUUAAUAUUCGAGUUGAACAAUUAACAAUAUUUUUAUUUACGAGAUUCACGUGUUAAAUAUUUUAUUUGGAGUUCAUUGUGAUGGGCAAAUGAGCAAACAAGUAAUUUUGUGCCUUCCGAAGAAGAACCAGUAAAUUUGAACAAUUUCGUUUGUCUAUUGAAAACUAAUUUUGGGCACUCUUAGAAUCAACUGAAAAAUCUGAAUAUCGAUUUCGUCAGGAAAUUUAUAACCUGGAUAUUAACCACAGGUGUGUGGAAUUUCAUUUUUUUUUACAACCAGCUAUCUUGAAACUUCCAAUUUGUGUUACUCAGAAAAAAGGUUCUCCGAGUUAGACAUCCAAUAGCACAUUCUGGGGUUUUGGUUAAAAAAAAAAAAAAAAAAAAAAAAACAA